UUUAUUUUUAUUUUGUUUUUAUUUUCUUAGUUAUUAAACCUUUUGGACUUUGACUCCUUAAAUCAUUUAUUUCUAAAAAAUAUGUUCUAGUUUUGUGUACUUUGGUUUCGGGUAUUAUAUUGUUACAAUCAUAAGACAAAAAUGAGUUUAUAUUUUGGAAAUUCUAUAAAAAUUGCUAACCAGUUUAAAUACAUUAAGAGAUGUUACUCGGACCAAUUUCCAAAAAUCACCACUCACUAUACCAUACAUCCAAGGGAGAAAGAUCCACGAUGGAAAGACAUAAACAUGGAAAGGUUUGCAGACGAAACCGACAUUUUAAUAGUCGGCGGAGGACCUGCAGGCAUGAGUGCUGCCAUAAGAGCUAAGCAACUUGCAGAAAAGGAUGGAAAAGACCUUAGGGUAUGUCUAGUCGAAAAAGCUUCACAAAUAGGAGGGCACAUCUUGUCAGGCGCUGUAAUACAAACUAACGCUUUAAAUGAGCUCAUUCCUGACUGGAAAGAAAAGGGCGCGCCAUUAAAAACACCAGUGAAAGAAGAUAAAUUUGCUUUGUUGACUGCAAAGGGCAGGAUACCCAUUCCUGUGUUACCUGGCACACCAAUGUACAACCAUGGAAACUAUAUCGUAAGGCUAGGCCAAGUGGUUCAAUGGCUAGGAGAGCAAGCGGAAGCCAUGGGAGUGGAAAUUUAUCCCGGAUAUGCCGCCUCUGAAAUUUUAUAUCAUGAAGAUGGUAGUGUCAAAGGUAUCGCCACAAAUGAUGUGGGUAUAGCGAAAGACGGCAGCCCCAAGGAGAGUUUCGAGAGGGGCAUGGAACUCCAUGCCAAAUGUACGAUUUUUGCUGAGGGAUGCCACGGACAUCUUAGUAAGCAGAUUAUAAAUAAGUUUGAUUUGCGGAAGAAUUCCGAGCAUCAGACUUACGGAAUUGGACUUAAAGAAUUAUGGGAAAUAAACCCAGAAAAACACAGUCCUGGUCGAGUUGAACACUCUAUAGGGUGGCCUUUAAAUAAAAACACCUACGGUGGUUCUUUUCUUUACCAUUUAAACGAGGACACACCACUUAUAGCUGUUGGAUUUGUGGUUGGUUUGGAUUAUACUAAUCCUUAUUUGAGUCCGUUUAAAGAAUUUCAAAGGUUUAAACAUCAUCCCUCAGUAAAACAUUACUUUGAGGAUGGUACCAGAGUUGCAUAUGGAGCCAGAGCAUUAGUAGAGGGAGGUUAUCAAAGUCUUCCCAAGUUGACAUUCCCUGGAGGCUGCCUGGUGGGAUGUUCAGCUGGAAUGAUUAAUUUACCAAAAAUUAAAGGUACUCAUAAUGCCAUGAAAAGUGGUAUGUUGGCAGCAGAAAGCAUUUAUGAAACCAUCUUUGGCGAAAAGCAGAAAACUGAAGGUUUCGAGCCUGUAAUAUAUCAAGAGAAGUUCAACAACAGUUGGAUACAUAAGGAGUUAAAGGCUGUACGAAAUAUUAGGCCUAGUUUCCACAACCCUCUGGGUUUAUAUGGAGGUAUAGCCUACAGUGGAUUUUCCAUAGUGCUUGGAGGACGAGAACCUUGGACCAUGAAACAUGGAGAUCCAGAUUAUAAGCGUUUGAAACCGGCCAAAGAGUGUACGCCGAUUGAAUACCCGAAACCGGAUGGGAAGAUCAGUUUUGACCUUUUAAGUUCUGUGGCGUUAACAGGGACCAAUCAUGAAGGUGAUCAACCCGCUCAUUUAACCUUAAAAGAUGAUACUGUGCCUGUUAAACGAAAUUUGGCAGUGUUUGACGGACCUGAACAAAGAUUUUGCCCAGCAGGUGUAUACGAGUUUGUGCCGCUAGAAUCUGGAGAGGGCCAAAGACUGCAAAUAAAUGCUCAAAACUGUAUUCAUUGUAAAACGUGCGAUAUUAAAGAUCCCAGUCAAAAUAUUAAUUGGGUCGUUCCCGAGGGUGGUGGUGGCCCAGCUUACAACGGAAUGUAACUGUAUAGAAUAUUUUAAGUAUCAAAAGUCUUUUUAUUUACAUAGCGAAUUAUUUUAAUUGUCUGUUUAUUGGUGCUCUUAAAAGUCUAUUAACAAAAUAAGAAAAUAUUGUUUUUAUAUAUAAGAAUUAAUUAUACAAUCUUUUUACAUAAUAAA